AUGGCUGCUUCAUUACCUCACCCAAAAAUUGUUAAAAAGCAUCAAAAAAAAUUUAAACGUCAUCAUUCAGAUCGUUACAACCGUGUUGCUGAAAACUGGAGAAAGCAAAAAGGUAUUGACUCAUGUGUUAGACGUCGUUUCAGAGGUACCAUUCCUCAACCAAACAUUGGUUAUGGUUCAAACAAAAAAACUAGACAUUUAAUGCCAUCAGGUCAUAAAGCUUUCUUAGUUAACAAUUUAAAAGAUUUAGAUUUAUUAUUAUUACAUACUAAAACUUAUGCUGCUGAAAUUUCUCAUGCCGUUUCAUCAAGAAACAGAGUUGAAAUCUUGGCUAGAGCUAAAGCUUUAGGUUUAAAAGUUACUAAUCCAAAAGGUCGUCUUGCUUUAGAAGCUUAA